UUUGAGCCAUUCUGGAGCCAGCAGCUGGCAGUACAGUAUAACAGGGCGGAUACCGGCGCGAGAUGUGAUGGGAUGGGUGGUGCAGUGCGCACGGCAUGAGUUGGUUCAACUUGGAUCCUCCCAUCAACCACCACGACAUCUCCUUCCUACCUCCCCCAGACACGCUUGCUUUGACCAUGGCAGCGACAGGCGCCGCAGCCGCCAUCAUGGCUAGUACGUCUCGCGAUCCGGCAGAUGCGCCCGAGUUCAACGAAACGACCACCGUCAGCCUCGAGUGGAAGCUCACGGGUCUGCGGUCCAUGUACGAGUCCAGUAAAGGCGACAUGAAGAGUAAAUGCAUCAAGAGUGCCAUCUUCGGCGACCCCGACAACCUGUGGGAGGUGCUGUUCUACCCAAACGCCGGAGUCAAGGACAAGGACAGCGACCAGUACUUCUCCAGCCUCUACUUGUGGUGUGUGCCGACGCAGCAGGAGCGUGAAGAGGCCAUCUCGGGCAAGUGGGUGCGCAAAGGCUUGUGGUGGUUCCGGUUCGAGGUGCGCGCGAUGAACGACGCGAACAAGUCGAUCGUCCUCGGCGCCCCCAAAGAUGCGAGCAACCACACCUUCGCAGCCGAGACCGCGACCAACUGGGGCUGGCAGAAGUUUGCGACGCGCGACCUGUUAUUCAAACACCAAGCAGCUGAGCAGAACGACUUCUUCACCAUCAUCUGCACGAUUACGUCGCAGCCGCAGCCGCCCGCGGGGCACUGGCUCGGCCUCGGCAUCCCGCAGCGCCCUGUAGACCGCCCCACGGCUGUGGGGUGGACCGGGAGUGCAGGCGCGAGCAGCGGCGUAGGUGGAGGCACGUACGCUGCGGGUGGGCCAAAGCGCGUCGUCCCGCGCGAUCUUAUCAGCUGCGUCGGCGACAUGCUCGACGACCCUCUAUACAGCGAUGUCGAGUUCAUAAUUCCCGCGCCGAAGGGCACUGCGCCCGACGGCAAGCGUGCGCCGCCGCGCAAAAUCUACGCGAGCAAGAAGAUGCUUGCGCGCUGCGACUAUUUCGAAGCCAUGUUCCACGGGGGGUUCGGGGAAGCGGACGGCAGCCUCUCGGACGAAGACGACGGCGCGCUGAGUCCGCUGUCUGACUCGGACGCCGAGGAGGAGGCCGUAGACUUGGUUGCAGGGCCGGUGUAUACGCACCACGCGUUCACGGGCAGCGCGCCCAAGGGCGCGAACACGCCGCCCGGGACGGACGGGAAGGCGGCGGCGCGCGACGACAGCGACGACGGCGCAGACGAGGGCUCGCAGGACGCCGCGGAGAGUGCGUCCGCCCAGUCGAGCCAGAUCAUGAGCGACAAGAACGACGAGACGCAGGGGGCGGCGGGGUUCAAGCUCGCGUUCGCGGCGACGACGUCGCGCAAGCGCGUGCGCGAAGACGCGGCGGCUAUGGGGCCGCGCAAGACGCGCGUCGUCGUCCGCGACGCGGCAUGGAGCACAUGGUGGGCCGUGCUGUACUGGCUCUACACCGACGUGGUGUACUUUGCGCCGCUCACGUCGUCCUUCGGAAACCCGAAGCAGCUGGAAGAAGCCACGUCGUUUACCGAGCUGCUCAAGCCCAUCUCGCGCCGCGAGUGGAUGCAGCGGUGGCUGAACGAGCGCAGGCUCACGCACGAGUGGGGCGAGGGGCCCGUCGGCCCGCGCCCCGUCUCCGCUAAAGCCGUGUACCGGCUCGCGGACAAGCUCGACUUGCCGGCGCUCAAGCUGCGCGCGUUCCAGCACAUUAUAAGCCAGCUGACGCCGUACAAUAUCCCGACCGAGGUGUUUUCGCGCUUCUCCACCCUGUUCGACGAGGUGCGCCAGGUCGAGCUCGCGUUCUUCCUCAAGCACUGGGCCGAGAUCAAGAAGAGCGACGCGAUGAAGAAUAUUUGGUCCCAAAUCCGCAGCGGCAAGCAUGUCGGCUUCGAGGAGGUGUGGCCAAUCAUCAUGAGCAAGCUCGACUACCAGUCGACGUAAUUGUACGAGGUGUCACGCAUUGGGUCCAUAGCCACAGUUGUUUUGUACGUAUAUGCACGGUCGCGUAGUAUUUGUUUAUGCUGCU